UUCUGCUGUUCAGACAUGAAUAAUCGCUCUAUCGCCUGGUGGCUGAGACAGAUUGGCCUGUCCCAGUACACCAAGACACUAGAGAGUGAAUAUUACGGUCUGGAGGGUUUGCUGAAUGUGACGGACGGAGAACUUAAGGAUGCAGGGAUAGAGGAUGCAACACACAGAGAAACCAUCCUCAAUCAGCUUUCAAGGCAGCGGCAGAGACUGGACCCACACUCUGCUUCAUAUUUGACAAACCAGCAUGACAGUGGAACACAAGUGGUGCGCAGGGUGAGCCGGAAGUACUCCUUGGGAUCGUCUUUGGAUUUGGUGAAGCCAAAGAAGGAUCUGUUUCGUCAGAGUGUUCUUCCCCGCCUCCAGCGUGCUGAUAAAAAACACCGCCUCUCUGCCUCCUGCUCCCAGCUCCGCCCCCUGAACGAAGACAACAGUAUCAGUGAGACAGAGCGAAGUCAGGACAGCAAAAGCAGCAAGAGGAGGAGUGUCAGCGCAUACUUUAGCCAGCUAAAGGUGUUUGGCGGUCGGAGAGAGAUGGAGUCACUGAAGAAAGAGCUGGAGGAGGAGCUGAAGCUCAGCACUGAGGACCCGAGGAGCCAUGCAUGGUACCACGGACCGCUGAGCCGAGAGGCUGCAGAGUCUCUGUUUGAGAGGGACGGAGACUUCCUGGUCCGAGACUCAAGCUCCGCCCCUGGUGACUACGUUUUGAGCUGCUUUUGGAAGAAUGGGCCGAUGCACUUCAAGAUCAUACGAGUGAUCCUUCGUCCCAAAAAGGGCUACUCUCGGGAGCUGUUCCAGUUCGAGGAGGAUCGCUUUGACAAUGUUCCCGCUCUGAUCCGAUUCUAUGUGGGUGGGCGCCGGCCCAUCUCCCAGGCCUCAGGCGCCGUGAUCUUUCACCCAAUCACACGGACACUUCCUCUGAGAGUCAUCACAGAGCGACAUGCGGAGUCCAGCAGCAGCAAUACAGGUGCAAGUGGAGACAAACACAGUGAAUCCAACAAAAGGCGCAGCCUCAGCUAUGCACACGCCGACACACUGCAGGUCAUCAAUCCACUGCUCAGGAGUGGGAGUCAGCCUUCUAACAUGGAGAAUGUGGGACGGAGGCCUUCACUUCAGUCUGCACAGUCUGACAGCAACCUACGAACUGGUGUUCCACAGGACAAGCAGUCAGAGGACACUGGCCCCGCCCCCAUCUCACCCGUGUUUCGCACAGGCAGUGAACCCCUGCUGAGCCCACGACCACGACACACGCGGCCGUCCCUUCCAGGUGGUGGUGUAACUUUGCGAGGUUCAGAUGGACAGCUGCACCCCAGAGCUCCUCCCAAACCUCUCAGGGUCUCUGCCAUCUUCCCCAACUCCGUCCUUCCCCCAUCCAGAGACAAAGACUGUGACCCCUCCUCUUUCUACGAUGAGCUGGUCGUCCAGUUGCCACAGUCCAAACGGAAGGGUCAUGUGGACCGACUGCGUGUAGAGGAGAAGUGGCAGAGCCGCGCCCGCCUCACAGAGACAUCGUUUGGCUUUCUGGAGGCACAGAAGAAUGAAGCAUCGUCCGAGGUGCCGUUGCUGCCGCUGAAGAAGUCAGCAGAAGCCGUGGAAGACUGGCAUUUUGAAAAGCCACAUGUGGAGUUGGUCUCAUGUUUCCAGUUGGAUCAGUUUGAGUCGCUGCUCUUGCCGGAGAACAACCGACCUCUAGAGCCCAGCGUCCUGCUGGGGCUCAAAGAGCUCUUCAACAAAUCAAACUCUGAAACCAUGGCUCUGCACAUGCUCAGUGUUGACUGCCAGGUAGCGCGCAUCGUUGGGGUGACUGAUGACCAGAAGAGGAUUAUGGGAGUCGGAUCGGGGUUGGAGCUUGUCACUCUGCCACAUGGAAGCCGGUUACGGCAAGAUUUGUUAGAAAGGCAUCAUCUCAUAGCUCUGGGAGUCGCUGUGGACAUCCUGGGCUGCACUGGGACUGUGAGCCAGAGGGCGACCGUUUUACAUAAAUUAAUCUUAUUGGCUCAGGCCCUGAAAGAACACGCCCACAACCUCUACUCCUUCUCAGCUGUGAUGAAGGCUCUGGAGAUGCCUCAGAUAAUGCGACUGGAGAUGACGUGGAGAGCGCUGAGGAGGAACCACACCGAGACUGCGGUUUUAUUUGAGAAGAAACUGAAGCCCUUCAUGAAUUUGCUGAACGAUGGCGACGACUCUGCAGUCCAUGGUCCAAUAGCUGUGCCACAUCUGGUUCCUCUGCUGAUGGCGAUGGAGGGCGAGGACCCGGUGGAGGACAGUGAGCGAGGCUGUGAGCUUCUCUACGAUGUCCUCCAAUCAGCUCGCAGAGCUGCGCUGCAUGCACAGGAUUAUCAGCAGCACGCACGCUCACUGCUCACAGGAGGGUGGGAGCCAGUCCCGGAGCUGCUGGAGGCUUUCCGGACAGAGUUUGCCCUGCGGCUGUUCUGGGGUCAGUCGGGGGCAGCGGCCGACAGAGCGGAGCGCUACGAGAAGUUUGACAAGAUUCUCUGUGUCCUCUCAGAUAAACUGGAACCUGUGGAGAUCACCCCACAGCAGCCUGACCCUCUAACCUGAGCCUCGGGGUGGAAUCAGCACUUUCUUCACAAGAGGAAGAAGUGAAAUGUUUUUAUUUGAGCCUCGGCAUUUUGCAGCAGCCAAGGCUAAGAUCUCAUCCCUGAGAUCUCACAGACACAAAGAAAAGUUGUUUUUGAAAGAAGAGAGUCAGUCAAGAAACAACUUAAUUUUUAAACGAACAAGUUAUUUCUGGGAUGUGUUGCCACAGGGCAGUCCUCUGUUUUGAAGCGCUGCGUUGGAUUAAUUUUCUUUUUUUUCUUUAUUUUACUGUCUUUUUUCUGUUUAUCCAAACACUAUCAUCGGUUUACUACUUCAAAUGUACAUUUCCGAUACCAAGACACUGUUUUAUUAAUCCACGCCAGUUGUCUGAUACUUGAGUUUCCAACAUGAACAUUUUGAUUUAGUUCCCUUUUGUAUACGAGCUGCUGCUGUAAGGGACCACACUGGACAUUUUGUUUUUCAUUUCAGUGUUUCGAAUGGAAUAAAUGUGUUUUAUUUUUG